CAACCGAUAAGAUUUUAUUAGAUGUUGGACAAAAAACACAGUUAAACCAGCCAAUGCAGCGUUGUCGCCUAUAAUGUUUUCCGUAAAUUUUAUCUGUACAAGGAGCUUAAUUCUAAUAUAAAUAUAUCGUUUCUUGCUGGUUUUUGUCCACCAUCCAUCAAUAUACUCUUGUUAAUUAAUUGGCCCUUUAAUAAAGAUUCCACAAAGCACCUUUCUCUAUAUAGUACUCACAAAAGACAGUAAGACACAUCUCCUUCAAAAUUUCAGAAACUUGUAAUUCUUCACUUGCUCUGAUUCGACAUGAGCAGUCUUCCGUGGAAUUCUGCUCAUAAGAUCAUAAUCUUAACAUCCCUUCUUGUUGUUUCGCUUCCGGCGGUGGUGGCCGGAGAGUGCACGUGCAAUGAUGAAUCCGAGCACCGGAAUAAAACCGAGGCCCUUAAGUACAAACUGAGUGCCAUAGCUGCUGUUCUUGUUUCUGGUUGUAUUGGUGUGAGUCUCCCGCUUCUUGGCAGAAAAAUCGAAGCUUUACGCCCAGAGAAUGACAUAUUCUUCAUGAUUAAAGCAUUUGCUGCUGGAGUGAUUUUAGCAACUGGGUUCAUUCACAUCCUUCCUGAAGCAUUCGAGACAUUGACAUCUCCUUGCCUUAGCCAGAAUCCAUGGGGGAAAUUUCCCUUCGCAGGAUUCGUCGCAAUGGUGGCUUCAAUUGGGACACUAGCCGUGGACACAAUUGCAACAAGUUUCUACAAGAAGAUGCACUUUAACAAGAUUAAACAGGUGAACGUGGAUGAAGAGGCUAGCAAUGAACACGCAGGACAUGUUCAUGUACACACUCACGCCACACACGGUCACGCUCAUGGAGCCGCAAUCCCUGGUAAUGAAACCGGGGUUCUUGAUCUUGUCCGGCAGCGCAUAAUAUCACAAGUUUUGGAAUUGGGAAUUGUGGUGCACUCAGUUGUAAUUGGAAUUUCACUGGGGGCUUCAGAUAACCCUGACACGGUAAAGACUCUAUUGGCAGCCCUAUCAUGCCAUCAGUUUUUUGAAGGCAUGGGACUUGGUGGUUGCAUCUCUCAGGCCAAAUUCAAGUCCCUAACAACGACAGUUAUGACACUCUUCUUCUCCUUCACCACCCCAGUUGGGAUCGCCAUAGGAAUCGGGAUAUCAAAUGUGUACAAAGAAAAUAGCCCGACUGCUCUUAUCAUUGAAGGGAUUUUGAAUUCCGCGUCCUCCGGGAUACUGAUUUAUAUGGCUCUUGUCGAUCUAUUAGCAGCAGAUUUUAUGAAUCCUAGGAUGCAGAACAACAUUAGACUGCAGCUGGGAGCACAUAUUUCACUUCUACUAGGUGCUGGAUGUAUGUCUUUUCUGGCCAAAUGGGCAUAAUUUCCCUUCACUUUUAUGUCCCCUUUCCCCACUCUCUUAUGGUUUUUCUCAUGGAAAUUUCCAAUGCUUAUUAAACUAACAAGUUUUUAUCUACGUGUAACAAUCAUUACAAGACU